UUACAAAUAAGUAUCGUAUUUAUUUAUGCUGAAACUAAUCCCAUACUUUUCCUUCUCCCCACCUAAACUCACUUUCCCUUUCCCUGUAUCUUUCAUUCUCUCAUAAUCUGUUCAAAAAAAUGCACAGGCUCAUGUUGGAGGAGGAAACUUUAGGUACCAAUAGUUUUGCCGGAGAAAUGCGGACCUAUCCGGAAUUAUCGCCGGAUGCGUCAUCGUCCCCCAGCUUUAACUGUUAUUCCAAUAGCAGCUUAGCAGAUAUCGCCGCAAGAGUCGUCCAAGAAUUCCGAGCUGAUAAAGAGACUGAUUCCGAAUUUCUGGACGACUUUUUCUGCGAUCUGGAAGAUCAUCGUUUAGAUCCGGAGGAUCACGAGGAGGACAGAGAUGAGCCAGAUGAAGGAGAUUUCGAAUUCGCUUUUGUCCCGGGAGCGGGGGAUGCGGGGUUCUCUCUCAUCUCGGCCGAUCAAAUAUUCUACAACGGACAGAUCCGGCCGGUGUAUCCAAUUUUCAACCAGAAUCUGCUCUCAGGCGAUAUGAAAUUGAGCAAUGGAACCUCUAAAUCGUCGCCGGUUCGCCUGCCGUUACGAAAGCUGCUAGAAAAUGAACGUGAUAAUCUAUCAUCGGAAGACGAUGAGCUCGACGGAAUUCCGGCGGGAACCUACUGCGUUUGGCGGCCGAAGGAGGAAGCAUUACUAGACAGGUGCGCGAAAAGCAACUCUACCGGCGCAUCAAAGCGCUGGAGAAUUCGAGACCUCCUCCACCGGAGCCACAGCGACGGCAAGGAGAAAUUCGUCUUUCUGGCUCUUUCCUUCAAGAAAGGGGAUUAUAAAAACAAAGGAGAUAAACAGGUUGUAACCGAGAGUCCCCCACACGCCGGAAAGCCGGUCGGAGUUACAAAAUGCAUAAAACAGAGGAAAUAAACGGCGCUCUGAUCUGCCGUACCGACCUGUUUUGGUGCUAACGAGAAAGACGGAUGGAACCUUCUAGACGGGAUGCAAAAAUAUGAUUACGCCGUUAACUUUAACGUCGAUUAUUGGUAUUAGAAGCUAAUUGGACGGAGAAAGCGUUGUGUACAUAGAUAGAUGCGGGUGUGACAGUGUGGUAAAAGGCGCGUGAGCCUGUAACACGAUCAAGUCUAUAGUUUGAAAGCCAAAAAAAAUUGUGUAUUGAAAAUUUGAAAGAUGCGAUUAAAAUUGUACGGUUUGCGGUAGAAAAAUGAGUUACACUUGACACUACGGAUAGUAUUUUUCCAUGUUUGAAUACUUUUAGCUUUGAUGAAUAGGUUAUUUCUCUUUAUCAAAACUCUUUAUCAAUAAUGAAACUAAACAAUUUGUGUACGGGA